UUCGAAGCAACCAGUAUUGCCAUUGUAGCAUUUCACUGUGUCUACGGUAAUUCACAGUUACUCCAAUCAUCCAUUCUUUACUCCGAAAUACACCCAAGCUGCUCCGAUGUCAAUGAUGACGGAGGAGAAGACUGCUCGAUAUCUAUCACAGAUUGGACGAUGUAGCGACGAGGGCAGAGCAAACUUCGAGAGCCUUGCCGAGAGUAUUACAUCGGCUACCGAGGAGGACGUCGAAAAUGUUGAAAAAGAAGCACGAGUUCAGGCAAGUCGAGCAAAACAAGAAGCAGACGAUGCCAUCAGAAAGAUUUCGAAGGAAAGGGAUCGCCACAUCCGAGAAAUCCACCAAAAAGCCGAACAGAAGGAAAAACUGAUUCGAGAAAGAAAGGGGGCUUUGCUUGCCGAAAUCAGCAGAUUGCGGGAAAGCUUCGAGAACACGAUGAAAGAGAGGCGAGGUCGCAUUGAAACUCAGGUAAAGAUGCGGGCAGGAGCUAUGGCCAACCUUACAGCGGUCGAAGAAACCGAACCGUGCGACACUCUGCAGAACGUCGCCAAGGAUAGCCUUGAUACAGUGCGCCUCGUCACAGCCUCGUGCAGGAAGAUCAAAUUCACCCGACAGCAAAAUGACUCGGAAGAUCUCGUAGGGACACUCAAUGGAGUACAACACUCGUGGGAGUUGGAGCGUAAUAUCCCCAUACCCACAAACAUAUCUUAUCCAGAACUCCUUGCGAAAUCCAGAGGCAACAGCGGUGUAAUAAUGACGAACGAGGUUAGAUCCGGGCUCUUUGAAAUAAAUACCGAUACCGAACAAGCGCGUACGAUCGUUGCGGACGCGCAUUUCGAUAUUUGUGACUGUGCAUGCGCGUAUAAUGACACACUAGUUGUAAGUGACUAUAAUAGUAAGACUAUUCAUAUUUAUGAUAUGGCUGGUGCGUCAGUGAAAUCAAUAGGCAUCCCGUCGGCCCGCGCGAGGGUAGCCGUGACAAAGGAUGGCUUGGUGUUGGUUGGAGAUGAACUCAACGGGAAAAUAUAUUUCCUGAAUCCCAGGAACGGGAAAAUCAUCCGAACCUUACCCAUUGACGGGAAGAAAAUUAAUGGAAUAUACUACAUGAGCCGUGGCUGGAUCGUAAUACAAACCGGCAUUACGGUAAUCAGUGUCUAUGAUGAUUUAGGCGUCCUGAGGGAGACGAUCGAAGACAGCACGUGGAGUGAGUUGCGAUGCGCAGUGAGUCGUGACGUCAUCUAUAUCAUGUAUAAGAAAGAAGACGACCCAACCACAUACGUCGCAAUGCGUUCCCCGAAUACAGGUCGCCUCGAGGUGAUCGUCCGAUGCAAGAUAUCGAGGUUCCUGCUAUCGGAAUUCAUUGUGACGUCAUCUGGAAACAUCGCCAUCAACGGUGACAAUGAGAUAUUGGUAUUUAACCAAGCACCGGGGUACGAAGCUGUUUUGAAGAGGUUAAAGUAG